AGCUAUUAUAAACCCCCAAAGCUACCCAUCUAUAGCACUUCCCUUCCCUAACCUCCAAACUCUUCUCCACAAAACCAUAAACCCUAAAUCUCACACACAACCAGAAAGAGGCCAGCAGAGCACACAUGGCUCCUCCACACACCCAAAGUGAGCUCCCUCUGAACGAGAACGACUCGCAGGACGUGGUGAUAUGCCAAGCUCUGAGCGAAGCCAUGGCCAUCGCCUCGCCACCGCUCCUACCCCUGAGGAACCAGUCUCUCGCGCGCGCCGCUCCCCAGCCGCCUCGCGCCUCCGCUGGCCCCGGCGGCCGGAAGCACUACAGGGGCGUGAGGCGGCGACCGUGGGGGAAGUUCGCGGCGGAGAUUCGGGACUCCGCACGGCACGGCGCUCGAGUCUGGCUGGGCACGUUCGAGACGGCGGAAGAAGCGGCGUUGGCGUACGAUAGGGCGGCGUUCCGGAUGCGGGGUGCCAAGGCUCUGCUGAAUUUUCCGGCGGAAGUGGUGGCUGCGUCGUCUGUGCAGAUGUUUAAGGUUCCUCGAGCAGGAAAGAAGUAAGGAGCGCAUAUGACAUAAGGGUAAGUAAGAUCGCGUAAUUCAUGUCAAUCUUGUGCAGUGGGACAUGAAUUUUCUAGUGUAAUAUGAUAAUGAAGGGAAGCCUUUCUUUAAUUUUUUUUUUUUUUCUGGUACUUCUCCAUUAAUUUUCUAUAGAACUUGGAACAAUAUUUUCUGUCUCUAAA